UUUCUCCCAAGCCCCAGGCCCCUCGGACACCUUCUUCGGCUCCCGCGUGGUCUAAGACCGUUAGGGCGGUCUCCAGACUCAGCUAAAAGGGCAGAGACGCCAAGAGAAGCCUGUGGCGAGGGGCGGAUGGGGGGCUGGGGGAGGCCUAGAUAGCCCAGCGGAGGCUCCAGUCCGCUUUUUGCCUCCGACUGCUGGCUCCUUCCCCACCCGCGGUCCCUCGCCCCGCCCCGCCCCGCCCCCCACCUUGGGGCAGGUGAGCGGCGGCCAAUGGGCGAGCGCGGGGCAGGUGCCGGCUAACUCGCGCCUUGCAGCGCAGCGGCCGAGGCUGUGCUGGGCAGUGCUGGGAGGACCAGGGGCGGGGGUCUGUCCUGGCUGGACUCGGGAAGGAGGGGGCCGGGCUCAGCCCCCAGGCCGUAGAGGCAGCUCGCAGCAUCGCACCGAACCCGCGCCAGUGCCCGCGCCGGGAGCUGCCCGCUCGGCCCCAGAGGCCGGCGCGCCUAGCUGCGCGCGGUGGCCCGACUCCGCGUUCGCUCGCUCUCACUCCCCUCGCCUCUCCUUGCCUGGCUCGCCGGCAGGGUCUGAGCGCGGGCGGGCGGGCGGGGGAGGUGAGGGGUGCUGGUGUGUGUGCAUGUGCCUGGCUGGGUGCACACCCCGCACGGCGGCGGCGCCAGGACGCGGAGCGCUCCCCAGAGCCCGGCUGCCUCGCUCGGCUCUGGCGACCGCGACCAUGUUCCAGCCCACAGCCAAGCGCGGCUUUACCAUCGAGUCCUUGGUAGCCAAGGACGGCGGCACCGGCGGGGGCACUGGCGGCGGGGGCGCCGGCUCCCACCUGGCGGCGGCCGCCUCGGAGGAGCCACUCCGGCCCACGGCGCUCAAUUACCCUCACCCCGGCGCGGCCGAGGCGGCCUUCGUGAGCGGCUUCCCCGCCGCCGCCGCCGCCGCCGCCGCCGCGGGCGCCGGUCGCUCGCUGUAUGGUGGACCCGAGCUUGUGUUCCCCGAGGCCAUGAACCACCCCGCGCUGACCGUGCACCCGGCGCACCAGCUGGGCGCCUCCCCGCUGCAGCCCCCGCACUCCUUCUUCGGCGCCCAGCACCGGGACCCUCUGCACUUCUACCCCUGGGUCCUGCGGAACCGCUUCUUCGGCCACCGCUUCCAGGCGAGCGACGUGCCCCAGGACGGGCUGCUUCUGCACGGCCCCUUCGCGCGCAAGCCCAAGCGGAUCCGCACGGCCUUCUCGCCCUCGCAGCUCCUGCGGCUGGAGCGCGCCUUCGAGAAGAACCACUACGUGGUGGGCGCCGAGCGGAAGCAGCUGGCCGGCAGCCUCAGCCUCUCGGAGACGCAGGUGAAGGUGUGGUUCCAGAACCGGAGGACAAAGUACAAGCGGCAGAAGCUGGAGGAAGAGGGGCCCGAGUCUGAGCAGAAGAAGAAGGGCUCCCACCACAUCAACCGGUGGCGCAUUGCCACGAAGCAGGCCAACGGGGAGGACAUCGAUGUCACCUCCAAUGACUAGGGUGGGCAGCCAUGGAUCCGUGAGGGCAGAGCAUCUGCUCGCUGCUGGCCAGGCCCCCGGGUGGGCCCAGCUGGACUCUGGCCGCUCCCCCGCCAGGCUUCGGAGAGGCCUCGAGUCGCGGCCCCACAGGGCUUGGAGCCUGGGGCCACCACUGACAGAGGGACAAGAAAUGGGCUGGCUGAGGCCUGGGACUCCUUCACCU